AUGGUAACGAAACCGAUCCGCGCUCUGUUCAGCAAGCUGGGUGCGGAGAAAGAUGGCAUCAUUACGUACUCCAUGUUCCAGGAGGGGGUGAAUUCCCAGGCUGUCGUGGAGUACUUCGAGACGCUAGGCCUCGACGUGUGGGAUGCUUGGUCUUUCUUCAAGCUCUUAGACCUCGACAGUGGUGGAGCUGUCGAGAUCGAGGAGUUCUUUAAAGGUUGUCUACGGCUGCGUGGUCAGGCAAGGGGCGUGGAUGUUGGAAAGCUCCUCCAUGACCAGAGCUGGCUGAUCAAAACUCAGGGACACUUCCACACCUACAUGGAGACAAAGAUGCAGCAGCUGCACGACAUGCUCUCGAUGGUGACAGGCAUUCGCAUGGACGAUCCUGCAGAUGCUGGGUGGGCGAGAGGCAUAACCCCUUUUAAGGACAAUAGCUUCUCUUCUGCCCCUGAAGAACGGGGACAGCAGAGCUAG